AUGGAAUUUGCUAUGUGGCAACCCAUUUGGAUGUACAUCCUUUGUUGUAUAGGCUGCAUUUUGGCAAUUGGCCAGCUGGAUAUUAGUCCAGAGGAAGUUGACUGGAAACCCACAUUUAGAAAUUCAGAUAAACACUCCCAAAGUGAUGAUGUUUCACGAUUGUUUCAAUUGCUUGUGGAGAAGCCUGGAGACCGAGGGCUUUUGCCAAGGAAGAAACGUGAAGCUCUUUUGUCCAGUGGAGUACGCCUGUGCAGUCAAGAGUCAGUGCAGAAAGCCAUCACUAACCACCUUAAAUACUACCAGAUCAGAGUUUGUCAGGUAACCGUGUGGGAAGCCUUCAAAAUCUUUUGGGACCGCCUCCCUAAUCAGAAUGAGUACCAGAGCUGGAUGACCCCAUGCCAGGUCGGGACAGUCACCAUACAGGAGAUUGGCUAUGCCUUUAGCCAAUCAGAGGAACACUUAGCACUGGUCCACAAAAGACUUGUUCAUUUCGGACUGAAAAGUUUUGACACAAGUUUUGUUUCAAACUGUCUGUUUUUGUCCAGCCCUUACGAUUCAUCCCAAGUGCAAAACAGUGGACCACCAGGUGAUGGGUUUCCAGUGGAGACCAUUGAGCUGGUGACUGUACCAUUUCCAGACGAGUCUGUCUCUGUUGUCAUUAUGACUGAACUGGAGACAGAGAUCACUAAUGAGUUUGAGAUGGAGGCUGCUGCUUUGCCUACACCAACUCUGGUUGAGCAGAGGGUAGAGCUGACUUUGUUACUGGCAGGAGAGCUGUGGAGUGAAGAGCUGUCCGACUCCACUAGCAAUAAGUAUCGCAGACUCACUCAGCAGUUCACGGAGAAGAUUUCAGCUGCUUUGGAGAAAAUGGAAGAAUUCAAGAGUGUACUAGUGCUGGGUGUCAGGCCACAGAUGGAUUCCUCAAGCAUUGAAAAGGCAGUGCUGGUGGAUUAUGUUGUUUCCCUCCAGACCAGCAGUAAAGAGAUAAGCAGUGAGACACUGGACUUCAUUAAUCUUCAAUCAAACAUGGUAGAGGGCACCUUCAGUGACUAAGAAAAGCCUACUUUCCCUUUCACCAUCACUGACCUCCACCCUUACAUCACCGAGGCCCUGCAUGUGGAAACAUCUCCAAAGGAAACCCAUCCUGCAGUGGAAACUUCAGGCCCUGACCGCAAGGAUAAAAUUGUAGCUAUUGAGAAAACAACCGAUCUGCCUGAAGUAGUAACCAAGGAGCUACAUAUAAUUGAUGACCUGUUGGGUCCUACAAUGUCAGAACAGGAAGGUAUGGGAGAACAUCAGGUCAUAAUUCUAGAUGAGGACACAUCUCUUUUCGUUGACCAUCCCAGCAGUAGUUUCUCAGAGGACAUUGAAGACAAGGACUUGUUGUCACUGUUUCCCCCCAGCAAGAGUCUUUCUGUGGAUGGUGAAUCUGUUGGACACUUUACUGACUCAAAGCAAGACAGUGAUGUCACAACGGCUGACCUUGAUCCUGCCUCUGGAUCUGGUGCAGGAGAAAAUUAUUGGUCAUGGGUGACUGUUCUCCCUACUAAUGCUAAAGAGCCAAUUGGAGCAACAGAAGGUGACAAAGAGGUUUUGAUUAAUGUAGAAAUGCAUCUGGUAGAAGACUAUGACUUCUCCACCAUUACCACAACUACAGAGGUGGAUGAGGAAGGCCAAAUUUUGCCUGAGGAAAUACCUGGACUGAUGACCAUUUUAUUAGAAACACGAAAGGAUGAGGAAGGUGAAGUUGCUGUGAUCACAAUGAAGGAAUCAGAGGAAGUUGGUGAAAACAUAGGGGUGGAUGUUGACGUUACCAAAGUAAAAAAGGAAGGAAUCAAUUUUGUACUAACAGAUGUUUCACCGAUGCAGUUUUCAGAGGGUCUAACAGAAGGUGAGGUCCUAGUGGUCACCAUUAAACCAGCAGGUGCGAUCUACCCAACACCUCUUUCACCAGAGAAAGAAUCACCCUUUACCCUCAUCACCAUGAUGCCUUCAGUGGAGUUAGAGCCUACCUCAAACUCGGAAGUCACGAGCACAUCUCUGAAUUAUAAUGUGCUCCAUCUUGUAGAGGAAGAGGGUAGUGGCAUUCCUGGUGUCUUCCAGGGUGAUGAGCUCCCCAGUUUUGCUAUGCCAACUAACCCUGGGCGAGAUUUGAUAGUUUUUUUCAGUCUUCGUGUAACUAACAUGAUGUUCUCUGAGGAUCUGUUCAACAAGAGCUCUCCAGAAUACAAAGCCUUGGAGCAGCGUUUCAUUGAACUGCUGGUGCCAUAUCUUCAGUCAAACCUCAGUAACUUUGAAAAUUUGGAGAUCCUGAACUUUAGGAAUGGAAGUAUUGUGGUGAACAGUCGUAUGAAGUUUGGGAAGCCUGUUCCUCAUGGAGUCAACACAGCUGUUUACCUCAUUCUAGAGGACUUCUGCAACACAGCUUACCAGACCAUGAACCUCGCCAUUGACAAAUAUUCACUUGAUGCUGAAUCAGGUGAACAGGCAGACCCUUGCAAGUUCCAGGCAUGUAAUGAAUUUGCAGAGUGCACAGUGAACCGCUGGUCAGGUGAGGCUGAAUGUGUGUGUAACGCUGGUUACGUCAGUGUUGACGGACUACCCUGCCAGAGCAUCUGUGACCUGCAGCCUGACUUCUGCCUGAAUGAUGGGAAAUGUGAUGUCAUUCCAGGCCAAGGAGCCAUCUGCAGAUGUCGUGUGGGGGAGAACUGGUGGUACAGAGGGGAACAUUGUGAAGAAUAUGUAUCUGAGCCACUCGUAGUAGGCAUUGCCAUAGCAUCUGUUGCAGGGUUCCUGCUUGUGGCAUCAGGAGUAAUCAUCUUCAUAGCAAGAACUCUGAGAGACCAGUAUGACUACAAGGAUGAAAUGGAGGACCCAAUACGGAGAGGGGACAGUAUUCCGUCUCUAGACAGCACUAAGUAUAACCCCAUGUAUGAAAGUGAUUUAACGACAGGCUACAGUCAUUACUACCGGCGGUACGCUGACCCACUAAUCCACAGCAGUGCCAGUGCUGAGGCGUCCACAGACUUCAGCAGCGAAGAGAUACACCACAUUUAUGAGAACAGUGAGCUCACCAAGGAGGAGAUUCAAGAUCGUAUUCGCAUCCUUGAACUCUAUGCGAGAGAUCGUCAGUUUGCAGACUUUUUGCUGCAGCAUCAAAUAACAAUCGAUAAUCGAAGAGAAAGUUCCUCCACAUAGUCAACACAUGCCUACUGAGUGCAACAAGAUGAAGAAUAAAGAAAGUCACACACAUCUGGAAUGGCAUAUGGAAACUUGCCUUGUCUUUGGGAAAUGGCAUCUAGGUGAUUCCAGAAUGCUUUCCAUUAUCAGCUCCUCCUCUUCCCUUAGAGAUCUUUCUACAGAUAUUUCUAAAAAAAUAUUGUUUUAGAAAGAACAAUCUGUGUUUUGUAAAAAAAAUGUCUUUGCUUUAUCUGUUAUUAAAUAGCAUAUUUGUCUUUGCUGUCAUCGAACAGGAUUGUGUGACAGACAGCAUCCUUGUCAUUAGUGGAAAUGUUAUGUCAGUGCCUUCUUACAGUUGUGGCCAAGCUCUCAGCCAAUCAAUCUUACAUUUUUAGAGAAAAAGGAAUUGCAGACACAGGGCCUGCCCACUUUCUGGAAUUUUGAAUGUUACUUGAAUCAAAUACUAUUAAUGUUGUUGAACUUUUUGUGAUUUAUUUGUAUAUUUUAGUCUGUAACUUAGUUUAAGUGUUUGUUUCAGCUGUUAUGUGUUGCAACAAAUCAGACGUUAUAUCAAGUUAAUAUAUUGAAAUGUUUUAGAGAACUUAAACAAAAACUUACAAAGCAAUAACAACAAAAAGGCCUCUUAUUAUGUGCCCAUUCCUAAAGAAAACAAUGUAAACAGCUUUAUUAACAUAGUAGAUUUGUUUCUUUCUAAUGCUGAAUGAAGAAUGUGAGGAUUAAUAAGACUUAAUAUUAUAUUUGAGAUAUUAUAUAAUCAAGGUUUAACCUGCCCUUAAAGGAGUGGGUCUUUCCAAAGUCCUUUAAAUGCAAGUCAGUCAGCCAUCUUGGCAAUGUCCCCAGGCUGCUAUUUCCUUUCUAGGUAUGCAAGUUCAGAUCCUAUUAACUUGAAUAGGGAAAAAAUUUAAUCUCUAAAACUGUUUGUCAGUAUUACUUUAUAUGUCAAUGUAAAACCAGGAAUUAAAUCUGAAAUGUGUGUCUUCCAUUCAUACAGCUGCCAUAUUGAGUGUUGUGAUUUCUCCCUAUUAUUCAAUGAGUAUUCUGUCUCCUUCUCUCUAUCCUGUCUGUCUCUGGUCUGGCAUCUUACCAUGAAAUCUUACUUUUUAGUAUUUUUAAGUUAAAGGUUUAGUUCAGUCAGCAAUUUGAUUUCAACUGACUGUUGCAGUUAAUGCACAUUGAAGGCCUAUGUAUUAUUUUUAAACAGUAUUUACUGAAUUUAAAGUUGUCUCAGUUAAAGGGAUAGUUCACCAAAGAAAAAUUAACAUUCUGUCAUCAUUUACUCACCCACAUGUCAUUCCAAAUGCUGUUUCUUUAUUCCACACAAAAGAAGUUAUUUUGCUGGAUGUCCUGAAAACUAUGAAAAUGAAUGGGGAUGGUAACUUUCAAAUAUCAAAUCAUGAGAUGGUGGAGGGGAAGAUGUUUUGUGAAUAGCAGUUGCAUUCUGUUUCUCCCACAGAGUUGAAAAUGACAUCCUUUAUCAUUGUGUGGAAAAGAGUGGUUAAGAUAUUCUGCCAAAUAUUUCCUCAUAUGAUUCACUUAAGAAAAUAAUAUGGGUUUGUAAAGGCAUGAGGAUGAGUAAAUUAUGACAGACUUUUCAUUUUGGUUAUAUCUUAAAGGGUUUUUGUGAGAAUUAAAAAAUAAACAAAUACAUUUU